AUGUCUUUCAUGGAAUUCGUCAAGAAUCCAACAAACUUGAUAUCUAAAUUAGGUCAAAUUGCAUUUAUAGGAGUUCUGCUCGUUGAAAUCGCUCUCGGCACUCCUCUCGACCGGCCCGUAUACCGGUCCGAGCCGAACUUUGAACAAGUCAAGUUCCUAGCAGAAUGGAUAGUCUUUGAACUGGACGAACAAGAGGGGUCGACUUCGUCACAUGUGCCCCCUAUCGUGGAAGGCUACUAUUCCGAAGUCUUCAAGGGUUUGGAAUCAAUGCGAGACGAUCUAAUGCCCAAUCAGCCUAAACUCCAGCUUCGGGAUUCGGGCGAGCCAGCACUAUUCAACUCUUGA